GCGCGCAAACGUACGCCGACCGACGGACCGGCCGGCCAUGUCGUCCAUGGCCGACGACGGCGAGCGGCUCGAGCUCCUCCACGGCGACCUCGACCUGACCAUCCACGAGGCGUGCGGCCUCCCCAACAUGGACAUCCUCUCAACCAUCCUCCGCCGACUCUGCAUCCGGCCCCGCCGCCUCCCCAGCCGCAACAUCGACGCCGACACCGACGCCGACAGCCCCGUCCGCCGCCGCCGCCGCCGCCAAAAGCCUCGCGGCCACCACAGCAUCGUCCCGACCUCCGACCCCUACGCCCUCGUCGCGGUGUCGCGGCCGGACGUCCCGGACACCACGAUCGCGCGCACCUACGUCGUCCGCAACUCCGAGGCCCCGGACUGGUCGGCGCGCAUACGCAUCCCCCUCGCGCACGAGGCCUCCCGCCUCGUCCUCCAGGUCAGGGACUCGGACCCCUUCGGCUCCGACCUCAUCGGAGCCGCCUACCUCCCGGCCGCCGCACUCCUCGAUGGCAAGCCCAUCGUGGACGCCUGGCUCCCACUGCUCCGCCCCGACGGCCGCGGCCCUCCGAAACCCAACUCCGCCAUCCGCGUCUCCCUCACCUUCACCCCCGCAUCGUCGUCGUCCUCCCGGCGCCACCGCUUCGGCGGCGUGCCGGCGUACUUCCCGGCGCGGCGUGGGUGCGAGCUGAAGCUGUACCAGGACGCGCACGUGCCGGUGGGUGCGCCGUGCUCGUACGAGCGCGGGCGGUGCUGGGAGGACGUGUGCAUGGCGGUGCUGGGGGCGCAGAAACUGGUGUACGUGGCGGGGUGGGCGGUGGGCGCGAGGGUGAGGCUGCUGCGGGAGGAGAUGUCGCCGGAGAUGGCGGAGAAGGCGGCGGAGGUGAGGGCGCUGGCCGGCGUUGAGGUGGAGAAGAUGGCGCUGGGGGAGCUGCUCAAGUACAAGUCGCAGGAGGGCGUCCGCGUCUGCCUCCUCGUCUCCGACCACCACGACACUCCCCUGCACCCCAGCUUCUUCCUAAACACGGGAGGCAUGAUGCAAACUAGUGGCGAAGACACGAAGAAGUUCUUCAAACAAUCAUCUGUGAUUUGUGUACUCUCGCAUCGCUACCCUAGAAGCAAAGUUGACAUGGCCAAGCAAAAGGCAAGCUAAGAUACAAGAUUUUCUCUUAUGUUUGUUUUUAGUUUUUUUUGAUUUGUUAUUAACUACUUGAUGGUUUCUUGGGAUAUGGAUCAAAAUUAAGUAAGAUGUACAAAACUGAAUCUUUAAGUUGUCAAAUCCCGUCAAAUAUUAUCACACCAAAUGCCUCAAGAAACUUACAUUUUUCAUCAUCUUCAUCAUCGCUUUAUGUCAUUUCCACUAUCUUUAAGUUUUCUAUGUGCCUAUCUUCUCUCUGUGUGAGAGAGGAGGAGAGAAAUAAGGUGUGCCAUUCGACGAGACCUAAUCUCAAUGAGCUUUUUCUUUUACCAAUUUUGGUUAUGCAAAUCUUUGGCCACCAUAGGAAUAACAUGAUUUUAUGCUCACUUUUUUAUGAUUUUAAAACAUGAAUGACAACAUCGUUUACAGCCAAAAAAAACUAAGGUUGUUGCCUUACUCAUUCAUGUAUAUGUAAUUUUUCAAAUAAAUAUUAUUUAAACAAAAAAAUUAUGUUAAUUGCUCAUGGCCCCUUGAUGUAUAUUUAUUCGAGCUAUAUGUUUGAACCAAUUCGUUUACAAGAAAAAAAACUAAUUUAUAUAUGUAAUGUAGUUGCAUAACUAGAACAUUGACAAACACAUGGUUUGUGUAUCCGGUAUUACUGAAAAAAUAAACAAACAUUAUUAAAGAGUCAAUUGCCUUUGCUCGCUCUAGCAUUGUACCAAUUUUAGUUUUAAAAUUUUCUAUUACGCUUAAAAGAAUUAAUUAAAUAAUAUUGUUGCUAAGUAUUAAGAUAUUAUUUCAUUUAUGAUUUAAUUACUUUUUGUUAUAACAAAUAUGUUUCAUUAAAUUUGAGUAAUAUCUUAAAAAACAUUACUUCUUCCUUUAUUUUAAUAGCAUCUUUUUGUAUAUUAAUUUUUUGCCCAGUGAUGAAUUAUAGUGUAUGUGCUAUGGUUAAU